AUGGCCCGCAAGUUCUCCGGGCUGCGCCGCAUGUUCAAGCUGUACGGCGCCGCCCCGGCCGAGGAGCUGAAGACGGCCGAGGAGAUCGUCGAGGUCGAGUCGCCGCGCCGUCAGUGCCAGAUUAAGGCCCGUGAUGUAGCCGUCGCUGUCACCUCGCGCGUUCCAUGCCGCGUGCGUGUCUGCGCCCCGAACGGCGAGUGCUCCGAGGAGAUGAAGCCCGGCGCGUCGUCGGAAAACGAGACCGUCUACGAGCCCAAGUUGUGCGGCUGCGGCCACGGCCACUGGACCUUCCACAUCCUUCACGAGCACGACGACACCGUGUUGGCCAGCCCUCAGCUGUACCUCUCCGGCUGGGGCUCAAUCCUCGUCACCAUCAACGCCGACCUCUCAAUUUCGAUGGAACGCCGCGAUUUCCUCGAGUCGCCAAUCGCCGUCUCGUGUGGAUAU